UGUUAGGUUAUGUUACUCAUUAUUUUGGUUUUAUUGAAUUUUUCCACAUAGAUCAGAGAUAAUGUCUUUCUCUUACUAGACAUACAAAUUAUGAACAUAUUUUCACGCAUAAACAUUAAAAAGAACAUCUUUCUAUCGACCCAUUGCCUAUUUUCAAAAAAAUCCGCACAUGUUCAACAAUAUUCCCAAUCACUGAAAGCUAAAGAAAAUAUGGGUCUUCAACUGCAAGAGGUGCUAAAAAAGCUGCAAGAAUUGGCUCCAUUAAAGACAGCAGAGUCAUGGGACAACGUAGGACUCUUGGUAGAGCCUGAUAGUAACGUAAAUGUCAAUUCUGUGUUGUUAACUAUUGAUUUGACCGAAGAGGUUGUAGAGGAGGCUGUAGGUAUAGGAGCUCAAUUAAUUAUAUCUUACCAUCCAAAUAUAUUUAGGCCUUUAAAGACUGUCACACAAAGUACAUGGAAGGAGAGAAUUAUUGUAAAAUGUAUUAAAAACAAUAUAGCAGUAUUCAGUCCACAUACCAGUUGGGAUGCCAUGCAAAAUGGUGUUAAUGACUGGUUAGGAUCAGCAUUUUCAGUAUCCUCAAGCAAACCAAUCAUUCCUAAUGGCGAGAUAGAGUCUAUAGGUAUGGGAAGAUUUCUAACCCUAGAACAGCCAUUACCUUUAAAGGAGGUUAUUGAUAAAAUUAAAAAACAUAUUGGUAUACCACACAUACGGUUGGGGUUAGCAAAAACAAAAAACUUGGAGAGUUUAAUAUCAACACUGGCAUUAUGUGCCGGUUCUGGGGCAUCUGUUCUAGCAGGACAAUCGGCAGAUCUCUACUUGACUGGAGAGAUGUUACAUCAUGACGUUCUAGAUGCCACUCAGAAAGGAAUUAGUGUUAUAUUAUGCAACCAUAGUGAUUCUGAAAGGGGCUACUUGAAAACCUUUCAAAAACUGUUUGCAAAUGAACAGCUCGCUGUUCAUGUGUCGACAGUUGAUAAAGAUUGUUUGACUACAGUGUAGUUCUAAGUAGCAUUAUGUUAAUAAAGGUUUUGUUCUUUUAGUA